AUGACAUAUCGUGACGAAUACCUCGAAUGGCAGAAAAAAGGCAACUACUCUAACUUUUGGCAACCGUUCUUUGAAAAAUGGGAGGAGCAGUGGCCUCCAAGGGCUUCCCUGGAUCCAACUGUCCCUGUGGGUCAGGCGCUGACAGUGGAACAGUUGAAGCAGGAGGCUGAAAUCAGGGCGGCAGUUCAGACGCGUUUGAUGGUCAAAUUGUGUAAUGACAAUGGUCAUUCAAAGGUUGCCCACAAGGCAAAUGCUGCAGGGAAUUCAGUUGUCAACAAACUUCUCAAGAAUAUCGUCAAAGGCCCAACAACGACCCAAAUGCGUCCCCUUAAGGAAAGCGAAGUCUAUACCAAAAAAUAUUACGCAUCUCGAGUCCAGCCUUGCGUAAAAGAUGAGCUAAGUGCCAUGAAAGAACAACCUGAUGCCCCCGAUCUGAAGAAGACAAACCUUCGCGAGGAAAUAUCGCAACUUGCCAGAGAGAUGAGGGAAGCGAGACAUGAGGCAGCGAAGGGGAGAGAAUCAUCUGAGGCGACCAAUGAAAUAAUUGUACUGAGAUUUACGGAAAUUCUAUCAACGUUCUUCGGAGAGCUUCAUGAGGCUACAGGAUGGACUUUCAGUGUCCUGCUCGGUGGGCCUGACCCAUCCAAUGGAGGCACAAUUGAUGUCAGCAGCUUGCAUGUAGGAUCAAUGAAGCUCGGUAAUCGCUUCAACCAGGCGUUCGCAAAUUUCAACGACAAUGUUAUGGUACCCUACUAUGAAUUCGUUUCUCAUGUUUUUCCUGAGGCUGGGAUUCUGAAAGAAACGGUUGCCCAGAGUCUUGAGGGUGAAGAUCUACUCCGCUUUUCCGCCGCUCCAGACGAUAUUCCCACAAUGGAGGAUUUCUCUACGACCAUACCAUCUGAUAUAUCACGCCCCCCAUCCUUACAACUAGAAUUAACACCAAUCAUCCCUUCUGCGCCACCUGAAGUGGAUUUCUUCAGCAACUUGCCUCCCACUCCUCAACAUAAUGAGACUGGCCACGAAUUGGAAUUGCCCGUUCUCCCUAUGCCGGAGGGGUACAUUCCCUCCCCUCCUCCAUCUCUACCAUAUCUAGAGGGCGUGUUUCCCUCCACUUCUAUGUUUUUUAAUCCGAAUUCAAAUCUUGACUCUUUCGACGAUGCUUUUCGCGAGAUGCAGUCCCAGGAUGCCAUGGCGGAGAUGCUGUGUUCCCCUCCCCGUAUUUGUUAUCAGUUCGACCACUCUUCCCCUGCUCGUAUUGGGUAUCAGUUCGACCACUCCAUCAGGUCCUCGUCACCCACGCUGACCGCUUCCUCUGCGCCUAUUAUAUCAAGCUCCACCACGCCAGCUACGAGUCCCUCUAGGACGGUAGUUACAACUCCCUUGGUAACACCUACUCUGACACCCGUUAUGUCAAGCUCCGCCAUGCCAAACUCCACCAUACCAGCUAUCACCCCCUCCAGGACAAUGGCUACCAUGACACCUAGCCAAACCAUGCCAGCUACUUCUGCUACAACCGAUGUUGUCCUCACUCCCGGUCCGACCCUCUCACCAGCUCAUGCGCUACCACCGACUCCGCCGAUUUUCAAGCAAAGUUCUGGGAUGACGGCUGAUCCAGUUGUCCCUAUGGAUUCCAGCAACAUAGACGAUGCACCUCCCGCUAAGCGUCAGAAAAAGAGUCAAUAUGCUCGUGCAUGUGUAAAUGCAGUUGAGCCACAGACUCUCACUGUCACAGGCUGA